UCGCAGUGCGCUGUGUGAAUCGUCUGUUUGCAGUCGAUCGUCGUUUUUUUUCCGGCGAUUUUAGUCAGAAACGCGCGAUUUAAACCGGCGCCGCUCUCUAGAUCGAUACAAAAAUCGAUAUUUGAUUUUUGGUUCGGUUUUAUUGGUUUUUUUUUUGUCGCUUAUGGCAGUUAAAUCGUUUUUUUAGAGAUUUUUUGAUCUUACAGUGAGUUGGAGUGAGUUGUUUCUUAAAAAAAAACAAGGAUAAGAAAGUUACAAUAAUGGACUACCGAAUAUUCAUUUUCUCCGUUUUAUUCUUCGUGAGUACCCUAAAGUACGCCUAUGGUUGUAGCUGUAUGCCGGCACAUCCUCAAACACAUUAUUGUAAUUCGGAUUUUGUAAUCCUGGCUAAAGUCAAGAAAGAGCAGAUCAUAGAGUCAACUCAAUCGAGGGUGUACAAAGUUAGGGUCAAGAGGGAGUUCAAGAUUUCUGAAAAGGGUUUGGUAGCGUUAAAAUCAGGCCGAUUACACACACCAAUCGAGGAUGCCGCGUGCGGCGCCAUGUUGCAAUUGGGAAAAGUCUACGUCAUAUCCGGCAGAAUACACAGCCUCAAGGCCCACAUCACACAGUGCGGCAUGGCCUUGCCAUGGAACCAGGUCACGAGACGCCAAAGGAAAGGUUUAAGGCAGCUUUACAAGCAAGGCUGUACUUGUAACAUCAAGUACUGCAUGUUUGGUGGCUUAUACGGAAAAUGUACAAGACACAGAGAUAGCUGUAAUUGGAACAGCCAUUGUGAGACAGAAAAUGGCAUUUGUUUGAGACAAGACAAUGGUUCAUGCAUGUGGAGCAAAAACCGACUUUUGGCAGCCUGUAGGCAUCCAAAAAGAAAUUCAACUAUACCUGGCUGGCAUACAAAUAUGAUACCAUAAGAAAAAAAUCAAAAACCCUCAAUUUAGUGUCUCGAAAAAAAUGUUAAAAUCGUUAGAAAAAGCUUUAUUUAUACUAUAUAAGAACAAAAAAAACGGCGUCAAAGAUACUGCGUUACUAAAAAUUGACACAUACAAAUCUAUUUCCAAAAAAAUCGUCUUAAAUUUCAAACUACACCAUUUAAAAAUCUUUUUUACUAAAUAAAAAAGAGUACGGGUCAAGUAAAUGACGUCUAUAGGGCUUGACCUCGUGAAAAUUAUCAUCGAUUGUCAUUCCCCAGCCAUCUUCGACGCCUUUUUUUUCGUUCGCAUGGUUUUUUACCUCCUGUUAACGAAUUUUAAAGCACUUUACUUGUUUCUAAUAUCGUAUGUAUAUAUAAUUUUAAAUUGUUGUUAAAAAAUUAAAUGUUUUUACUUACC